AUGUACAAGAGUAAGCUCAACGAAUUCUGCCAGAAGAACGGAUGGCGAAACCCAAAGUAUUCCUGCAUCAAAGAUGGCCAAGAACAUACACCACUUUUCAAAGCUUCUGUUCUCGUCAAUGGUGAAACUUUUACUUCCCAAUCCCUCUUCAAAUCUUCCAAAUCCGCUCACAAUGAUGUAGCUGCAAUAGCUCUCUCUCACUUCACAACUUCUUCUCUGGUUAAUCUCUUUCGUUCUGUUUCAGGAGAGUUAAGCAAGAAUAGCGAGUUAUGUUUGCCGGUUUUACCAGAAGAAAAAGCCAUGGCAACUGCAUCUCUUCCUAGUGAAACAACCCUUUCAAUCAAGGAGACUAAUUCGAAAAAGUUUAAGGAGAGUUACUUGAUAUGCAAUAAGGUGAGAGUGCACACAUCCAUUCCUACUACGGUGUUGCCUAAUGGAACUGUAAUGCUUCCCAUUGGAGAAGACAAAUGGACGGUUGUGAGCUUGGAAUCUGUGUAG